AAAAAUAAAAAAAUACACCCAAAAAGGUUUCAACAUAGAAGUCAUUUGAAUAGUUUACACACACACAAACGCAAACACCAUGUCUCUAUUCAUCGGUGCCAGCCAACAAUAUCUGUAUGCCCAGGUAGACCCUGAGAAGAUUAAGAUUGCCGAGAUCCAGCAUGCUGCCAUGUCUUCGACAUUCAAUAAGGUGAUCCAAGUAUGUAGAGACAAGUGUAUACCCGGCGAGUAUGGUGAAAAUGAACUCAAUACAGGAGAGCAAUGUUGUGUGGAUAGAUGUGUUUCCAAAUAUGUGAAGGCCAACACCAUUAUUGGAACUCAUAUACAGAACAAGGGCUUUACUCCAUAUGAUAGCAUGCCAGAAUACCAAGGUGUUAGAGCAAAAAUUACCCAACAACAAUAGACAAGGAAUGGAGAUGAUGACCCAUUUGGUGGGUUUACGUGUAUAUAUGAGUUAUCGAUGUAAUAUAGAUCAUGAUAGGAAGUAUUGUAGAAGGAAGAAGAU